CCUUCCUCUGGAUCGUCUCCCGCCUUUGUCAGCGCUGCCCGCUGUGGCGCCCCUGCCAUCCCUCCCCGGGUCACUGGCUAUGCCCGCAUCGUCCACGGCGAGGAGGCAGUGCCUCACUCCUGGCCCUGGCAGGUGUCUCUACAGCAAACCAACGGCUUCCACUUCUGUGGAGGAUCUCUGAUCAGCGAGCAGUGGGUGGUGACUGCUGCUCACUGUAACGUCAGGACCUACCACAAUGUGAUUGCUGGAGAGCACAAUAAGGGUUAUGGCUCCACUGAAAACAUCCAGGUGCUGAAGCCUGCCAAGGUCUUCACCCACCCCAGCUGGAAUCCCCAAACCAUCAACAAUAACAUCGCCCUGAUCAAGCUGGCCAGCCCUGCUCGCCUGGGCACCAACGUGUCUCCCGUCUGCCUUGCCGACACUACUGACAACUUCGCUGCUGCUGGCAUGAAAUGCGUCACUACCGGCUGGGGUCUGACUCGUUACAACGCUCCCAGUACUCCCAACAACCUGCAGCAGGCUGCUCUGCCUCUGCUGUCCAAUGAGGAGUGCAAGCAACACUGGGGCAGCAACAUCUCUGAUGUCAUGAUCUGUGCCGGUGGAGCUGGUGCCACUUCCUGCAUGGUAAGGACCCACCAGGGAAACCCACAAACCCCAUAACACCCCAGAAGUGUGACAUCAGAGUGUGGACCGAGGUCAUCGAUGAUAAUAAAAAAAACCUGAAAAUCAGA